AUGGUGGACGACACUGGCGUCAAUGCGCUGACGCGGAAAGGAACAGCAUUCGUGACGCUUCUCAGCUCGUUGAGCUUCCACGCGCUGCGGCUCAUCCUCCGCGAUGCCUUCUUCCGCUCUGCGGCCACGUCUCCCAGAGCGAUGAUGAAGAGGAAGGUGGCAGAGCACUACCUGCUCUCCGCGAUUCACGCCUUCAGCUGCUCUGCCUUCAGCCUCCGAAAGCUCCUCAGCAACCGGUGGACGUCCUCGGUGGGCUCGGAGGCGAUGCUCUGCUUCUCACUGGGCUACACCAGCUACACGCUGCUGGCGCUGCGGGGUCAGCUGUUUGCGGACCCAUUGUCGGCAGUGAACGAAGUGGCCAACUUUGUCAAGUACUGGUCAUGCCUCCGAGCUCAAGGCACAGGCUGGAUCAUGCCUUUGCUCUUCUCGGCCGAGAUCCCCACGGCCUGUCUGGACAUCCUGCGUAUGCUCGCAGAGGUAGGGGUCCCACCCUCAAGCCUGGCCUGGCGCUUCUGCUUGGGCGCCUUCACCACCAGCUUCAUUGCAGUGAAAGGGCUUCUGCUGCCCAUCUGCCUUGGGGCAGUAAUUGCGCGACCUCGGCAGUAUCCAGAGCUGCAUCAACCAGCUUUCCUGCCUGCCAAGCUGGCGAUGCUUGUGCGGGUGGCGAUGAGCUACACCUGGCUGAGUAUCGUCGCCCGGCACUGGGUGCCCACGCGCCAUCUGCAUCCUGAGGGCUACCUCGUUCCAUCGAGGGCACAGCGACUUCCUAGCCUUCGCAACAUCACGCCGAGCCUGUCAGAUGUGUGGCAGCAGUUGAGAACAGCAUACAGCCCCCUGAGCUUGCUCUUCUUCUCCGUGCUGCAGGCUUGCUACUUUGUCGGUCCGGCAGCGCUGCCUUGCAUCCUCUACGCCUUGGCCAGGAAGCCAGGGUACCGCAUAGCGGCAGGUUCUGCCUUGCUUGGCCUGGGAGCAUUGGCGGUCUGGCCAAUGCACAUGGAGCGUCCCUACCGCAGUGGGGGCUCAGCGUUGUCAGGGAGGUUCGACCGCUGGCUCAACGACCGAUUGCUACGCUACUUCUCCUUCAAAGCGGUCUUCGAGGAGCCGCUGCAAAAGGACCGUAGGUACCUGUUCGCCGUUAUGCCGCACGGAGUCAUCCCGUUUGCCAACACGCUGCUCUCCAUCACCUUGCAAAGGCAGGGCUUCAUCCCGAACAGCAUCGGCGCAGACAUCCUGUUUCAAAUCCCGGUUCUGAGGCAGCUGGUGCGCUUUGGGGGCUUGAUCCCAGCCACGCCCCAGUCCAUCAAGCGCGCUCUGAGCUGGGAGUACCCGAACAACAUCACCUUCAUCGUCCCGGGCGGCAUCGCCGAGAUCUUCUUGAUGAGGCCAGACCUGGAGCAGGUGUUCAUCAAAAGCCGGAAGGGCUUCAUCCGCCUCGCGCUGCAGACUGGCGUGGACGUCGUUCCGGUCUACGGCCUGGGCCACACGCAGCUCUUCACGAUGCUGGAUAAGUCCUCUGGACUUGGCGGGUUCAUGAUGCGCAUGAGCAGACGCCUUAAGAUUUCGCUGCCUUUGGCCUAUGGUCGGUUGGGAAUGCCACUGAUUCCCUACGCCAAGCCUGUUGCGGCUUUGGUCGGGAAGCCCAUCCGGAUCGACACGGCGGACCCUAACCCGUCGGCCGAGAGAGUUGACGAGGUGCAUGCGCAGUUUGUCCAAGAGCUGCAGCGCAUCUUCGAGAAGCACAAGGGUCUGGUUCCCGGUUACGAGAACAAGCAGCUGUAUCUGGAGGAUGAGGAGGUGCCUCCUCUACCCAGCGACGCCCUGGCCAGCGACGUGCUCUUUCCCAGCACGCUGCCCAAGUUCAAAGCCUUGCUCCAUGAGCCGAUGCUGCAGGGUGCCACAGAUGAGAAGGAUGAGGAAUGCGUGGAGGAGUUCAUGACAGACUACGAGUUCCGCCACAGGGUGGGCCAGCAGCGGGCGAAGCAUCGUGCCAGGUACGGUCGCGGCUCGGGGCGCGGAGCAGCCGGUGCCCGCAACCCGUCCGGAGACGUGCAGGAGGAAGAUGACGAUGAGGAGGAGGCUUCGCAGGACUGA